UAGUCGUUCGAUCCAAUAGGUUCCAAGCGAUUCGCACGUUUCGUUACAUGCCCGCAUCUACAUACGACACAUAACACAUCGCAGCACAAAAUCAUGGCCAUACUGGGCGCCCAAUUAGUCAUUACGCUGGUAAUGGUCAGCGUCAUACAGAAAUUAAGUCCGCAUUAUUCCUUUGCCAAAUGGAUACUGUGCCGCACCGGGCUGUUCCGCUAUCUGCAUCCCACGGACGACGAGUUGCGCACGAAGGGCGGCGUGCCAAAGGAUCGUCCCGCCAAGGGCAAGCACAAGCAGCAAAACGGCUUGAGCAAUGGCAACGCCUCGCAACAGUUUCACAUACCACGCAGCAUUGAAGUGGAUCUGGAGACGCUGCCUGUAGUGGAGCGGGAUGUGAUACAUUUGCGUUACUUUACCGAAUAUCAGUGGCUGCUGGACUUCAGCGUUUAUACUGCGAUCGUGUAUAUCAUCUCCGAGCUCUUUCACUACUUUUAUCCGCUCAAGCAUGAAAUCAAUUUGAGCAUGGUCUGGUGUCUGCUGGUCAUCUUCUUUGCCAUCAAACUGCUGUCCUCGCUGACUGUUCUGUAUUUCCAAAGCGAGGAAUCGAUCGGGGAGCGCUCCAUGGUGAUAGUGGCCUGUCUGGUUUAUUUACUAAUUGCCAUGAUUGUGCUUAUCAUUGACGAGCGCAUACUGGAGACGGGUCUGGAGGAUGCCUAUACAAGCUUUAAUGCCAGCGCGUCGAAAUUUCUCACCGAGCAGGGUCUGCCGUCAUCUGGCCCAGCGUCCAAAAUUGUUGUCAAAUUCUUUCUCGCAUUGAGCUGCGGUGUGCUCGGCUCCCUGUUCACAUUUCCCGGGCUGCGCAUGGCCAAAAUGCAUUGGGAUUCGCUGAAAUAUUGUCGUGGCAAUCGCAUGCUGCAAGUUGUACUAAAUGUUAGUUUUGUGCUGCCCUUUAUACUAGUCAUAUUGUGGAUAAGACCCAUUAGUCGCGACUAUUUGACGGUGCGCGUUUUCCAGGGCAUGCAGCAGCCGCUCCUAAAGCCGCAUGUUUUUGAAACUUUGCGCCUGCUGCUGGUAGUCGUUGUGGUCAUUGUGCGCUUUGCACUGAUGCCCAUCUAUUUGCAAUCGUAUCUGAACUUGGCCUACGACAGGAUACUUGAUCUACGCAAAGAGGCUGGACGAAUCACCAACGUGGAGUUCCAAAAGAAGAUCUCAUCUAUUUUCUAUUAUCUUUGCGUUGUUACGUUACAAUUUGCUGCACCGCUGAUAUUGUGCCUUUAUCUGACGCUCAUGUACAAAAGCCUGGGCGGCUUCACCUGGACGGGCAUCUUUAAAGAGACGGCUGUGCUGCAACAUGAAUGUGCCGCCGAUGGGGAAUUGGCCACAACACCAAGAGACAGCAAUAUUGAAGCCGAGUUUAAUAUUUUGGAAUCUGCGCAGUCGUUGCAAGCCUCAUUUGCUAGUUUGAAAAAUGUGUUCUCUACGGAAGUGUACAAGGGCUUUCUGGGUUUCGCCACCUGGUGGAGCUACUUUACUCUCUUUGCGACUUCUUCCCUGGGCAUCGUCUAUCAGUCCUAUUUCAACAAGACAUAAUUGAAGCCAUUUGAGUACAAAUAUGCGGUACCACCAAACCCAUAUUCUAAAUUAGAAAUCCUGUUUUUGUUUCUAAACCCGUUGAUAUUGUUUCGUCGUGAUGUCAUAGCUUUGACUAAUUGGAUUUCAAGAAUUGUAAAUAUUACUAAUUUAUAUACGUAUAUUGUUUACGAAAAAUUGUAGUAAAAUUUCGAAACCAAUAAAAUGUUUGGACUAGUAUGUAAAA